CUUCCAGCUCUCUGCCUGCUUCCCUCGAACAGCAGCCGAACAUGGCGGACUUUGAGGAGCGGGGGACGCUGUUGGGAGACGAAAAUGAAGGCCCGCUCGCCGGGCGACAGGAAGCCGGAGGCCCCGAAAGACCAAUGUCCGCCAUCUGCGACCCCAGCCACCUCCUGCACCGAGUGGUCGUCCUGGUUUUCAUGUGCUUCCUGGGAUUCGGGAGCUACUUCUGCUAUGACAACCCAGCAGCACUUCAAACUCAAGUCAUACAGGAUAUGAACUUGAACACUGCUCAGUUCAUGCAGCUGUAUGCCUGGUAUUCCUGGCCAAACGUGGUGCUCUGCUUCUUGGGAGGAUUUCUCAUCGACAGGGUUUUUGGCAUCAGGCUUGGAACCAUCAUCUUUUCCCUAUUUGUCUGUAUUGGACAGGUAAUAUUUGCGGCUGGAGCAUGGGCCAAUCAUUUUUGGCUAAUGGAAGCCGGGCGCUUUGUAUUUGGUAUCGGCGGAGAGUCCCUAGCCGUGGCCCAAAACACGUAUGCGGUGAACUGGUUCAAAGGCAAGGAGCUCAAUCUGGUCUUUGGUCUUCAGCUCAGCAUGGCUCGACUGGGCAGCACAGUGAACAUGAACAUCAUGGGUUGGGUGUACAAUAAAGUUGCAGUGGCUGUUGGUUCCUCUGGACACACGACACUCGGGAUAUCACUCAUGAUAGCGGCUGGAACCUGUGUGUUUUCUCUAACCUGUGCCUUGGUGCUGGCAUUUUUUGAUAAGAGAGCAGAGAGGAUCCUUCAGAAGGAACAGGGAAGAACGGGUGAAGUUAUAAAGCUGACUGAUGUGAAAGAUUUCUCCCUGUCCCUGUGGCUCAUCUUCAUCAUUUGUGUGUUUUACUAUGUCGCCAUUUUCCCCUUUAUUGGACAGGGCCAGGUAUUUUUUAUUGAAAAAUUCAACUUCUCCCCAGCACAAGCCAGAGCUGUCAACAGCAUCGUGUACAUCAUCUCAGCUCCCGCGUCUCCGAUUCUCGGCUUUAUCGUCGACAAGACCGGGAGAAAUAUCGGCUGGGUCUUUGCCGCCGUCAUCGCGACGCUCUGUGCUCACAUGAUGUUGGCCUUCACCUUCUGGAACCCGUGGAUUGCCAUGUCCCUGCUGGGCGUCUCGUACUCUCUGCUGGCCUGUGCACUGUGGCCCAUGGUGUCCUUUGUGGUGCCUGAGCAUCAACUGGGAACAGCCUAUGGCUUCAUGCAGUCCAUCCAGAACCUGGGGCUUGCCGUCAUCGCGAUCUUAGUCGGAGUCAUUGUGGAUAUAAGAGGAUACCUGGUGUUGGAAGUGUUUUUCUGUGCCUGCAUUUGCAUCGCGCUGAUGGCAGUGGUGGGGUUGUACUUGGUAAAUUAUCUUAAAGGUGAAGAUUUGAACCGGUCAGCUGCAGCCAGAGCCAAACUCCAGAAGGAGAUGUCUACAGAUGCAGAAUGAUGCUGAGCGAACACACAUGGUCCUGGGCUUCAGAACCAGCAGGUUGCACUGUCCACCCCAGAGCUUUCAGUCUGCGGCCAAUUGGGCGGGACUGCGGUUCUGGCUCCGCCCAGUGACGUCAUCUGUGGUUCUUCACACCUGAACUGACUGGCUGUUGCUUAACCCCGUGUUGAUAUGAGGACACUGAUGAAUGACGAAUCUCAGUUUGGACAUAACUACAACUUCUUCUCACCUGACUGCAGUUCCACCUGCUCUUAGUAACAGCUAACUCGUGUGUGUGUGUGUGGGGGGGUGUACGGCAUGAAGUUUAACUGCUAAAAAUCUAAAGUUUUUACAAACUGUCAAGGGGAAUGGUGCUUUUAAACCUUUUUAAAAAUCCUUGAUUUAUUAUUAUUAUUUCUUGGUUUUAACUCAGAAAAUAAGGAUCCUAUUUCAGUUCAUGCAAACUUUGUGGGUAUUGUGUGUCCAGAAGAACUUGUUUAGCUUAUCCCAUGUCAGCGUUAUCACUGCCAAACCAAACUCUCAUAAUGGAGUCGGCACACUUAUUUUCUUGCCGUAAGCUUUAGUCAGACGCAUCAUUGACCUUUUAGUGGAUGGUCUCCAGCAGAGCACGGCUCCUCACUGUUUAAGCUUUAUUGCUCGGUUAUUUUAUUCCCUAAACUCUUUAACCGCUUUUCAAUGAGCUAUGAAGUUCAUAACAGUUAAUUUUCUGUCGCAUCACCAUCAUCUAUUAAUGCGCAGAUGUAAAAAGAAAACGGGCCCGCUUUCGAACGUAUUUAACUGUGUAAUGAUGCUCAGCUUUAGCGUCUGUAGACGCAUUUUUAAACGUGACCUUUUAUAAUAAUCUUUUUUUUUUAAUCUUCAAAAAAAAGAUUUAAAUGUUUCAUAGAUUUUUGUCCUUUAAACUCAGGUGAUUAAGUUGAAGUUCAAAGCGCUGUCCGAAAUUCCUGCUUGCUUCAGGCUGUUUGUGCUCUUGGCUUUAACAAAUUGCAUUGUGGAAAUGCAGUUGGAGAUUGUAGUCUCCAUCUGCUGAUCGCAGUUGCAGACAUAGACACGGCCCUGUUGGCGCUUCUCACCAUAUUGGCACAUUUUAAGGUUGAAGCAAAAAUAUCGGCCAUGGCCAAAUUGAAAGUGGAGAAAAAUCUAUUUCUUACAUGUUGAUUCUGGUCAUAAUGCUAUGUAUAUUAUCUUAUUUAAAUGCAAAGAAAACAAGUGUAACAGAGCACCUGGAUAGCUGGAAGAAAAUAAAGACGCACUUGAAAUGAUCAAAUUAAGAUAGAAAAUGUUGAAACGCCAAUAAUAUAUUUAAAAAAAAAAUUUAGAAAACGCAUAACAAAGGUCAAAGCAUUUCUGACAAAAAAAAUAUAAUUACUUAGAGAGAAUAUUGUAUAACAUAUAUGACUUAUUAUCAUAAUAGUACAUCGAUUCAGUCAAAUUGAAUUGAUUAAGUUUUACUUUUAAAAUUCAAAUACCUAAACCACUUGGGCACUUUCGCUUUUAUCUCAAAAUCAAAAAUCUAUAUAUCAAUCAGUGAAUCAAACUGUACUGUAGUUUCAAUGAAAGUUUUACAAACGUUAACAAAUAAACCGAUACUAGUAGUACAGCUGGAAUAUUGAGACUCAAUCACAAGUCAGGAAGGACUAUAGGCAGAUAUAAUGUUAGAGCAUUAAAAUUUGUUAGAAUUAAAGUUUUAACCAUUUGGAAAAACUUUAUUUUCACAAAGAAUUAAAUGACUUUCAAUCUAAAUAAAUGACUAGAACAUAAAUAAAAAAAUAUCAGAUUUCACAAGAGAAGCGAGGCUAAAAAGAAAACAUCAACAAUCUAAGGUGCCUAAAGCCUUUGACUUGAAAGCUACAGCAAUGACACGAAUGGAAGUUUUAGCACUUUUUUUUAUUAUUAUUUUGGAGAAAUAACCAUGAAAAGGUAACUCACUGCAUAUGUAGCAAAUAUGUUCCCCGUUAUUCACAAUGGAAGAAGGAAACUUUUAACGCGUGUUAAAUUUAGCUGCUGCUCUGUGUAAAUAUGGGUGUGAAAUGAAUUAUGCAAGAUUUGUUCAAGCGAAACAUUUUUAACCAUUAAAGUGGGAUUUUCAUCAUGAAUUAAGUAUUUUCCAGUUUGAAAACUGAACUGAGUUUGAAGACGGUAAACAAAACGAGACCAAAACAGUAUUUAAGAAAAACAAAACUUCCAGAAGUAAAAACUAGGCUACAAAGGUAACUUUAAAAAAAAACCCCAAAAAAACCCCCUCAAAACUAGUGAGUCUUAGAGGCUGUUUUUGUGAUUUAACACUUGUUACAUUUAACUGUUGAUUUGCUGAAAUGAUCUGAGAAGUACUGAUUAUACAAUGUUUGAAGAAGCAAACACUUGCAACCAAGUGCUAAGACAUUUUUAAUAAACAUAAAUUAUUAAACAUUUUAAUUCCUUUCUCUCUUUUUUUGUUACUGCAGCGUCUCUCUUCUGUAUUCUCCUUUUUUUUUUUUUUUUUUUUUUCUUCCUCUGCUCACUGCUUGCGUUGAUGCUCUUGUUGGUGUGGGCGCUGGAAGGUUUAUUGUGCCCGCGUUAUUAUUCCUACAGGAGUAAAAGGCAGCCCAGUAUGGUGAUGCAGGGUGGAAGUGCUAGACUGGCAUACAUGUCUGCUUUUGCCUUGCGUAACAGGUACCUUUCCAGGCUGGGAGCACAGGUAUGAUCACGUUUAGUCAAACUGUUUUAAAACUCGCUGUGCAAUCUCUUGUUGCCUGCGUCUUUCUAAAGGGGCUUUUAUUAAAACUCUGGGUCUGCUUAGCCUGUGGUUUGUCUUCUGCUUGAUUUCUUUCAUCCUCUCAGCUCCCAGAUCACUGCUCUACCCAUCUGUCAUCGCUUGCCCACAGGAGCGUUCUGAAAUGACACUCUCCAUUCAUCCGUCUGCGUCUGCAGCUCAGUAAGCUAACUCUGUGGCUCGAGACAAGUUUGCACUGAAAUGGGACGAUGCUUCAAAAUCGUCACGUUUUGUACAGAAUUGUUUUUGCACUUUUCCCUUUGACAUUUUUAUGUUACUGACUGUUGACAUUUACAGGUGAAUGUUUAAGGAGAUCACUUUAUUUUUUUGAUAACACUCGUUUCUACUGCACCUAUCCAUGUAUACUGGAUUUGUUGAACACUUGAGGUGCCCUUUAGCAAAGUCGAACCAAAGAUGUUUUUCUUCCAAGUAUUAACCUCAGGGGGUCACCUUUUUUGUUUUUACCUUUUGUAGGUGUAUAUCCUUUGCAAACAGCACAGGGCGCCAUUUCACUCUGUUUACCACUGACCAUGGAAAUGCUUUGUUUUAGUCGAGCAAUCAAUAUCUAGUUUGAUUUUUUUCACGUUUUCCAAGCUACCACAUGUCAUUUGGAUAAGGGAGACUAAGAAUUCGUUGAAGCAUUGUGAAGUAUAUGUUGAUGAUUUUUUUAAAAUAUUUGAAAUAAUAAAAAUAUUCUUAAAAUCAA